ACUCCAACAUCGAGCAUGUAUCGACAAACAAUGAAUCUGGUGAGUUGUCUCCAAAACUUAUCAACGCCUCAACCUUUACUUUGCCAAAUCUCCUCUUUGAUUUCGCAAACCCCUCAGUGAUCGUCGAUUACUUUAUCCACCGUCACGAGUUGCAUCCGAGCGACACAAAACAGUCAUUCGACAUGAGUACCGCAGCUACAAGGACUCGACGACCCCACACGCGUAGCAAGACAGGGUGUCUGACGUGCCGAAAGCGCCGUGUACGCUGCGACGGCGGAAAGCCUACGUGUACCCGAUGUUCCGGUGCAGGAAGGGAGUGUGAGUUUGCAGACACUGAGUUACCACUCCGUGAUCGAAAAACUAUCUUCCUACCUGGAGAGCAGGCACCUUGGGUAGUCAGCUCUAACAGUCCAUCCGUGGCACUGGUCGUUGAUUCGCCUUUUGCGAAAUCGGUUGAGCCGUUUGACUGCUUGGGUCUUGACAUGUCCUUACGUUCAAGAGAACUGCUUCAUUAUUUCCACCACAGUCAUGACAGCUCUGAUUUGAUCUUGGCAAAAGCCUCGAGAAACAUUCUGUUCUGCAGCUUUGCAUCUGUUGCUCAACAUCCAGAUGCCCUCCGUGACACUCUUCUUGUGGCAGGUCUGCACUAUGCAUGGACUGUCGGUGAUCUUCAGACGUACAACGCCACGUUCCUCUAUCAUAAAGUGUCAACGAUUGGCAUCCUGAACAGAUGGUUGCAGAACAUUCAUCAGCCAGGGUUGAUGACUUUCAUCCGGCAUGUUUCCAUUCUUUGUUUCAUCGAGGCUUCGUAUGGAAACGUUGGUGAUACUGAAGCUCACAUUAACGGGUUGUCCAACGCGGUGAAUCUUCUCAGUCCCCUCGAUGACGACUUUCGCAACAGAACAGGACUCGAGGAAGAACUUGCCAAUAGAUAUCUCCUGCUUACCCACUACGCCUAUCAAGGUUUCAAAGCUCGAAUACUGGGCAGUGAUUCCCUGAAGACCAUGUUCCGCCAGAACAAUGCCGCCGAGUUUUCAACAUUUGUGUCGCUCAUUCAUCGUUGGAAGACGCAGAAUGUUGGACAUCUCGAAAUGCGACUGAACGCUAUGAAACUGUUACCGUUCUUCUUCGCGAUCCUUCCUUCGUCUACCUGUUUCCACAACAUCGAUGCAUCGCCAUUGAUUGAGCAUCUGAAGCAUGUGACUAUUUCGACACAGACUGCCAACGAAGACCGUUACAAGUGCGAUCCGAGCUGGGAGUGGAUCGAGGGUUCAGAGUCGCGAUUGCUAUGUGCCACUAUCAGCUCACACUUCUCAUCUCUCUUUGAGGACGACAUGUUGUCAUCCUCGGGAACUGUCAAGUACAGCAUCUCGUGGUCUGGAAUGUGUGCCGCGUCGAGCUUGUACAUGCAUAGUGUUCUGGAGCUUUGGGACGGUGGCCAAGCCAUGGACUCUAGUCUAUUGCGGAGGUUUCUCUGCAUAAUGCAGAAGGAUCUUGAAAACAACAUGGGUGCCCUGGGAUCAGAUGAUAGUUCUAACUUUUGGUUCUGGAGAGCCUUUCUUGGGAUGUACAGCAUUGCGAAACACCAAGCCCAGUCGUACGAACCAAAAUUGGAUGAUCUCGCUAAUGUAUAUCAUGGUUUUGUGGAUACAUGGAAAGAUAUUACGGGAUCAAGGCUCUGGGAAGACGUUCAUCGACGCUUGAUCUCAAUAGCAUGGCCUGAUCGUCAGGGUCAUGAACUGGAGCCGAAUAGGGAACAGGUGCUUGUUGAAUUUCGUUGA